AUGAAUCAUGGAAAUUUCAUUGAAUUGAUAAAAUAUACAGCACAAUGGAAUGAUAAAGUUGCUGAAGUAGUUGUUUUAGAGAAUGCCCCGAGAAAUGCUAAAUAUACCGCACUAUCAAUUCAAAAGCAAGUUUUACAUAUUCUUGCUGACAAAGUGAGAAACAAAAUUCAUGAUGAAGUUGGGGAAUCAACUUAUUGUAUUCUUGUUGAUGAAGCAAAAGAUGCAUCUAAUAGAGAGCAAAUGGCCAUUGUUUUAAGAUUUGUUGAUAAGGAUGGUUUUGUACGAGAACGUUUUUUUGAGAUUGUGAGGGUUGAAGAUACUAGUUCGUUGACACUUAAAAAAGAGAUAUCUCGGGUUCUUAUGAAUUUUGGUCUCCAAAUUGAUAAAAUGCGAGGUCAAGGAUAUAAUGGUGCUAGCAACAUGCGAGGUGCAUGGAAUGGACUACAAGCAUUAUUUCUUAGAGAUUGCCCAUAUGCAUAUUAUGUGCAUUGUUUUGCUCACAGGCUACAAUUAGAAUUAGUUGCAGCAUCAAAAGAUGUGGCUCCUAUUUGGAUAUUCUUUUCAACACUGAAUUCCAUUAUCAAUCUUAUUACUGCGUCUCCCAAGCGCCAUGGUGAGUUACAAUCUACCCAAGAAAUUGAUAUUGCACAUAUGAUUGACACUGGUGAACGUGAGACAGGUAGAGGGCUUAAUCAAAUUGGCACCUUGCAUCGGCCUGGUGCUACUCAUUGGGGCUCUCAUUAUGAUUCUUGUUCGGAUUUAUUAAAUAUGUUUAAUGCAUCUUGUACAGUUGUUGAGACCUUGAUUAAGGAUGGAUCCUCUAAUUCUAUACGUGGGGAAGCAACUGGUACGUUCAAAGUGAUGACAUCUUACGAGUUCAUAUUUAUCUUGAAUUUGCUAGAAAAAAUUAUGGGACUUACUGAUAGCCUUUGUCGAGCAUUGCAAAAUAAAUCUCAAGAUAUUCUUACUGCCAUGAAUUUAGUUCGUAGUACAAAAGAUGCUCUUCAGAAAUUAAGAUUGGAGGGUUGGGAUACUUUCUUUGAGGAAGUGGAAUCAUUUUGCAAAAAGCAUGACAUCGAUAUGCCGGAUAUGAAUGCUCCUUAUAAAGCUGGUACACGUCGUUCUUGUCAACAACUUGAUGAUAUUACAAUUGAACAUCAUUACCGGGUUGAUUUAUUCAAUGAUACAAUAGAUUAUCAAUGGGAAGAGUUAAAUAGUAGAUUUAGCGAAGGAACAAUGGAACUUCUUAUUCUCAGCUCUGCUUUGGACCCUAGCAAUGGUUUUAAAUCAUUUAAGAUUGAUGAUAUUUGCAAGCUUGCAGAGAAAUUUUAUCCUCAAGAUUUCACUGUUAAAGAAUUACGUUUAUUGAGGUGCCAGAUCGAACUUUUUGAGUUUGAAGUACACCAACAUGAUCUUGAUAUCUUUCAAAAUAUGUCUACUCUUUCAGAACUAUGUCAAGUAUUAAUUAAAACAGACAGAUCAAAGGCAUAUUAUUUGAUUGAUAGGUUGAUUCGUUUAGUGUUAACUCUUCCGGUUUCUACGGCGACUACAGAACGAGCAUUUUCAGCUAUGAAACAUGUUAAGACUGUACUUCGCAACAAAAUGGAGGAUGAGUAUCUCGCAGAUUCCCUCAUCUUCUACAUUGAGAAAGAGCUUUCUGUGGAUAUUGAUUCAGAUUCAAUAAUCAAAGAUUUUGAUACACUCAAAGAGAGAAGGGUUCCACUUCACUAG